AUCAACAGAACGUAACUUAAAUAGAAUAUGCCAAAGCAACAUUAGUUAGUAAAGUUAGGUGGAGAGUUGGGAAGAUUUUAAAAUCACGGAAUGUUGCCAUUAGACUAUUUUUUCUAUGUAAUUUCCAAUUAGAGGAACGUCGAAGGUGCGCCACCUGGUAUCGGGUGAGGUAGUGGGAACGCGACACACAACACAUCGCAACGUGUCUAGCCGUAUGAGCUGGAGCGUGAAGCAUAGUCAUGGCGAUAUCUACGUGACAGUUAGUGUGAACUGUUCCAAACAACACAAGGAUGUGAGUUGGGUGCAGUUCGCCGAUAGAUCUGCGGGAUGACAGAUACAGAUAGUGUUGCUAACAGCCAACGUUGUAGUCACGAGGACAGCUGCUGCAGUUCAGAUGAAUAUUUGGCAUAUCCCGGUUUUGUACCCGUUUCGCUAUAUUGUUUAGAUCAACACACUAGACCGAGAAGUUGGUGUUUAAAGCUUAUAACAAAUCCAUGGUUUGAAAGGAUGAGUAUGAUGGUUAUUUUAUUGAACUGCGUUACUCUUGGUAUGUACCAACCUUGUGCUGAUGAACUGUGUGAAACCAAUCGAUGCAAAACGUUGCAGGUGUUUGACGAUUUCAUCUUUGCUUUUUUUGCCAUCGAGAUGAUCAUCAAAAUGAUUGCCAUGGGAAUACUUGGCAAAGGAGCUUACUUGGCCGAAACCUGGAACAGGUUGGAUCUUUUUAUUGUUAUAGCAGGGUCUUUGGAAUAUUGUCUAGAUGUUGGGAAUAUAAAUUUAUCUGCCAUCAGGACAAUCAGGGUUUUACGUCCACUUCGCGCUAUAAAUCGUAUACCAAGUAAGUUAAAAAGCUUCGUUUAA